AUGAACCAGCAGUCAGAAUGUACUGAGAAUGCACAGUUUAAUGGUCAGAAUCUUAAUCAGUUUUUUAAAAAUGUAACUCAACCAACAGCAGAUGUACAAUUGGACGGGUACAAAAUCUCUUCAAUGCAUUCUUUCGGCUCUGAAGAUACUACUGAUUGUAAUUUAUGUGAGAAUUUUGCACUUGCUAACAAUCCAGAUGCUCACUUCAAGGACAGCAGAAGGCAAUUAGUGAUUAAAUGUUCUCAAAUGAUUGAAGAAAAUGUAGAUUCUGCUAUUCUCCAACUGGCUGCCUCACAUGCUACAGAAUUAAUAAAUGAAGAAAAACAAUCUGCAACAAAUGCUGAUCAUUUACAAUCUAAUUUAACAACAGACACCGAGUAUUGCAGGAAGCAUGGUUUUGAAUAUAUAACACAUUUAGACAAAAAUCAUGUGUGUUGGACAGAGGAAAAUAUGCAGUUGAAUAAGUGUUUCAUUAGUAAAGAAAGUACUAGUCAGCACUUUCAAGUCAAUACAUUACAUCAGAUGUCUGAGCAUGUGAAAAAUGCAAUUGCAGAUCAAAUGCAGAGUGAAUUCAAUAAGCAAAAACAAAUUGAAGCUAAUGAUCUGAACAUCACAGAAAGUUGUAAUCUAAUACCUAAGGAAGUAAAUCCACUACAAGACAGUGGAAGUCCAUCCUUACAAGACACAUCCAAUGAAAAUAUUGUGCUAGGGAGUGGCAAAUGUUGUGAUAAAAAGGAAGCCAAGCAACAGGAUUAUUCUACUCUUGAAAAGUCCUGGUCAAGUAUGGUAAUGACAGAAUCUAAUAUUGCCUACUCAACUACAGUUGGAACUAAAAAACUUGAAACUCAUUGUGCACUUACAGAUGGAAAUGAAAACAUGUCCUUUGCCAAUAAUACUUCUGGGCAAGAUUCAAAGGAAUACAAAAUUCAAUCAGAAACACAAAAUAUAGAAGAUUUAAUUAACGUAAAUGCUGAAAAACGAAAGCAAAAAGGAUGUCUUGCUGAAAAAAGUCAUCUCGAAGGAUUUGAUUCAAAAACAAAUGAUAACGGAAAUACAGAAAAAAGGAGUUUUAAUGAAGAAACUUUCAACCUAUCAGAUGAACCUCCAACAGGUUCAGUGAUUGAACAGUGCAUUGUGAGCAGGCAAGAAUCAGCUUCAGUGAAACAUUGUGAGACCUCAUCUUCCUUACUGCUUAAACCCAAUCUACCAACACUGUCCAAAGAAAUCAACUUUGAUGUUCUCAAUUCAGGGGUAGCAUGUUUGACUGGAGCCAGAGAUAAGUCUGGUCGUGCAGUUGUGAUAAUAACAACAAGAAACACAAUCUGGCUAAAUCCACAUUGUAACGUUCCUGAACUCGUGCGGCUCCUUAUCUACUUUUAUAGCAUUCCUAGACAAGACAUCCAAAGUGCAGGACUAACUAUUUUGGUGGAUGCCCGGCGAUGCUCUCCUGUACCAGCAUUGUUUAAGGCUUUCAAUACCCUUCAGGCAAAAAUUCCAAAUGCUAUCCAUACUGUUUUGCUGCUCGCUGAAAGGGAACUUACAUUCCGAUUUGAGAAACCAUCUUCGAUGCAGUUUGAACUUCUUACCUCAUUGAAGUCACUGCAUAAAUAUGUGGAAAGCCAUCAACUGCCACCAGAAUUUGAUGGAACUCUCCCCUAUAGUCAUAGUAACUGGAUGUGCUUUCGUAUGAAACAAGAGCAGCUUAUACAGGGAUGUAAAGCGGCAAAGAAUUUCCUCCAGGACAAUAUAGAGAGCCUGAAAUCAAGUAAACUACCAGAAACAGCUGAGGAAGCAAGUGCUCUUUUGCAACAAUAUAAGCACUUAAUGAAGAAUGUUCUGGAAGAUGCAAGGUUGGUGAGACUGCAGCUCGAAGGAGGAGCUAUCUUGGCCAGACUGAGAAGAGAGGAGUCUUAUGUCACUGGAACUGUAGUGUACAGAGACACAAUGGAAACUGUCACAGAAUUAUAUAACAAAGUGGAUGAAGGAAUCCAUGAGCUGGUUAUGUUAUCUAAUAAAUGCAUUCAGGAACUAGAGUUUUUGAAAGAAUUCAAAACACAUGAAAGAGAGUUUAAGGAGGUGAGUAAUUGGAUAGAGGAAGUUGGAGAAAAGCAACUGGAGAGAUGUAACGAGUUAGAGGAUUCACUGGAUUCAUUGCUAAGGACACAGGGAGAGUUCAAGAGCUUUUGCAAUGUUGCUUAUGAGUAUUGCAGGAAAGGCAAAGAACUUUUGAAGAGGCUAGGCCAGUGGCAAGACUUCAAAUCACCAGCAUUGCAUGUUUUUGAAGAAAAGUUGCAGGCACACAGAAAGCAGUAUGAUGAAUUUCUAAAGAACCUGGGUGAAUGCAGACUAAAGAUUGACAAGACUUUAAAAUUGCACAAAUUCUUUGACAAGGCUUAUGAGUGGGCCCUAGAAGGUAUGCGACACCUUGCAUGUAUCAGCAUGGAUGACUGCAGUUCGCCAGAAUGCUGUGGGUCAGUUGUGAAAUAUCUGGAAAAUCAGCAACAGCAGCAUCCUGAAAUUAAAGAUGUUGAGUUUCAAGAAAUGAAGGAAUUGGCAUGCGAAUUGAAAAGUGAGAAGGGGAUUAAUCAAUGGAAAUUUGCUUGGUCCAAAUGCCAAGAGACAAAACUUAUAUUUGAAAAGAAGCUGGAGACUGCAUUGCGAACAAGGAAGUCGUUACCAUCAGACCAUAGGCUUUCUGAUUUUAACACUAUAAAGAAUGAAAUUGUUAACAUAGGACAAAGGCGGCAUUCAGAUGGAAUAGAGCAAAGAUUACAGUGUGAAAGGGGUAUUGCAGGAUCCAGCAGUGGUAGUUGUUUGCUCAACAGGUCAACACAUUGUGGAAUGUGGCAGAGAGACAGAAAUUUGUCACAAUCUUCAGGCAUUUAUUACAGAAAUAUAAAACAUAAGGAUGAUUUUGUACCAGAACCUAUUCUCAGCAAAAACUCUAAGCCAGGUUUCCAAGGCUUUGAUCAAACAGAAACAGGGAGAACUUGUGCUCCUGCUCAUAUAUCAACACCAGAAGCUUGUAAACAAUUGCAUAAUAUCUCUGAUGAAGUAUACUGUCAUAGUGAUGUUGACUCUUCUUGCAUUGAGUCUAGAUGUCUCUUAACACCAGAUCCCCAGAAUCAACAUCUGAAAAAACUGUUACAGAAAGCACAGAGUUUUGACUCUUCACCCAGUGAUACUCACAGGUAUAAUUCAUGUCAAAGAACUUACAGUGAACCUCCAAGGCGUGGAAACACAGGGGUAUUCAUUAAAGGGCUAGAAGUGAGCAGCACUGAACUUAAUGAUAGACCUUGUAUCCCCAAACAACAAGCUUUGUUUGGUUGGACUGGAAACCAGACAGAAAGUCACAGAAGCUAUAAUGCCUUACAAGAGACAAAGACGAAGGGCAGUAAACUGAGGCACAUAAUUGAUGAAAUGGUGACAACAGAACGCGAAUAUGUGAAAUCUCUCCGGUACAUCAUUGAUAAUUACUACCCAGAAAUGGAACGUUUUGACGUUCCUCAGGAUCUUCGAGGCAAACGCAAUGUUAUUUUUGGAAACUUAGAGAAGCUUUACAGCUUCCAUAGCCAAUAUUUCCUGAAGGAACUGGAAAGUUGUGUUAACCACCCAUUACGUGCCAGCCACUGCUUCCUCAGACAUCAUGACCAGUUUGGCAUGUAUGCAUUGUAUAGCAAGAACAAGCCCAAAUCUGAUGCUCUAUUAGCCAGUCUUGGAAACAUAUUUUUUAAGCACAAGCAACUACAACUGGGUGAUAAAAUGAAUCUAGCUUCUUACCUGUUGAAACCAAUCCAACGGAUGAGCAAAUAUGCCCUGUUAUUGAAAGACUUGAUCAAGGAGUGCAGUGAAAUUCAGGAGCAAGAGCUCAACUACCUCAGAGCAGCAGAAGAAAUGGUUAAGUUUCAGCUUCAACAUGGUAAUGACUUGCUGGCUAUGGAUGCUAUUAGGGAUUGUGAUGUGAACCUGAAGGAGCAAGGUCAAUUGGUUCGUCAAGACGAGUUCAUUAUCUGGUUUGGACGCAAGAAAUACCAGCGACAUGUCUUUCUGUUUGAAGACCUCAUUCUUUUCAGCAAACCCAAGCGGAUUGAAGGUGGAUUUGAUGUUUAUAUCUACAAACAUUCCUUUAAAACAGCUGAUAUAGGUUUAACAGAAACUAGUGGUGAGAGCAGUGUACGUUUUGAAAUAUGGUUUCGUCGACGGAAAUCCAAUGAUACGUAUGUUCUUCAGGCAAGUUCAGAAGAAGUAAAACAGGCCUGGACAAAAGAUAUAUCAAGUAUCUUAUGGCAGCAAGCGACCAGAAAUAAAGAAGUACGAAUGCAGGAAAUGGUGUCUAUGGGAAUUGGUAAUAAACCAUUCUUGGACAUCAAGCCAAGUGAGGCUGCAAUCAAUGAUCGAGCCAUUGAUUAUAUUAUGAAAGGCAGAGGAGCACGGACCAGAGCUUCAAUUGCAGUCUCCUUAUUCGAUCACACUAACCCAUUUAGAAGGACACAGAACAUUUCAAGUAACGGCAGUCCUUCAGCUGGUUGUCCAUCCUCAUCCUCACUGUUGGGACCACUGAAUCUCCAUAUGUAUACUAACCAGACAUUGCUGUCAGGGGUAAAUACUGAACGUCCAUUUGAUGUCAACACUUGUAUUGAGGAGGAUGAACUGGAACAUGAAACAAGCAGCCAACCCUCCAUGACAACUGAAAGCUCAGAAUCUUCUUUUCACUGUAUGUCUGCCAGUGGCUCUAGUGGAUCUGAUAGUGGUUGCGUCUCCAGUCUCCUUCUUGAAAACCUUUCAGAAGAUACAGGAUCUCCAUCCGAUAUAUCAGCCUCGUAUUCUUUCCCAGGAUCCAAGCACAGUUCUACUACCAUCUCCCCACUGGAACACAAGCCUCGUUUCUCUAACAGCCAGUAUAUUUCAACGCAGAAAUCAGACCAAAUUACCGUACGCCCAUCUACAAUGGUAUAAGCAUAGCUGUGCUUUCUGUCCUGCCUUGUCUAAGUUUAACACAUCUUUGGUAUUCUGCAUGUUACAUGAAGACAUGCGUAACCCUUAAAGAGCCAUUGAAGAGUAGAACAUCAGCUUUCCACAUACUUUAUACAUAACACCAAAACAGAAUGUGAUGUGGUUGGUACUCCUUAGAAUUUUUUAUAAUUUUUGUGCAAUCGUCAUAUUCUGGUAAAUUGGAAGACUGUGUGGCUGAGAGGCUUUGACCAUUGGACAUUGCAUUUUAUUUUUCCUUGCAGUUCACAUAUUUGGCCGAUUAUAUGACAUUGCUAUUAGCUAGUAAAUCGAUAACAUUUGCCCAAAUUGAGCAAUUAGACACACUGUAAAUAUUAGUUACCAUUUCUGUGCAAAUCUUGUAUUUUGUUUGAUCAGAGCAAUUUACAUACGCGUUGAUUGUUAGCUAUUUCUCGUGUGUUGCAUAAGAUGCAUUUGAUAACUUAGUUGCUUUAUUGGAUUAAGAUGGUUAAAUAAGGCUUCCUUUCGCAAAUUAAAACGUUAAUUGCCACAUUGGCUAAGGGUAGCCUGUUGACCAGCAUUAAUAAUAAAAUGGUGUGGUGAGACUAACAAGAUACUGAAGACAGAGGAGUUUUGCAGCACCUAUUCAACAGUUAAAUGUAGUGCAUUUUUUUCACUAAAUAUUUGUUUCUGUAAAAUCUGUGAAUAAUGUAUCUAGCACAAGUGGUGCUGGGUUUAUUUUGGGCAAGAAAAAUAAAUUUUAAUUUCUUUCUGAUAUUACUUAACUAAAUAGAGAAAUCAUAAGUGCCA